AUGGCCAGAAGACCUAGGCUAUCCACGAUCACAGAGGGCAGGCGGUUCCCCUGCCUCUGGUUCCGCAGCACCUCCCACGGCAAGGCCACAGCCGGCAUCCGCAACACCUGGUUCUGCGUGGUCAACUCGCAGGAUGGGGUCAACGAGAUGAUAGAGAUCAUCAUGGCCCAGGCCAAACCGGUGCUGUACAUGGCCAGGGAGGGGUCCCUGCUCACCCUACAUGUGCACCCGGAGCCGGACUGCAGCUUCAUUGUGGACCUCGAGGCCCUGGGUGCCUCGGCCUUUGGCGAGACCACUGCUCAGAUGACAGCAGGCCAGAAUGAGCAGGAUGAAAAUGACAACAGAGGACACGGCUGCAGCCUCAGCCUCGCCUCCAACGACGAGGCGCGGCACCAUGACAGCCGCAGCCGCAGCCGCCCCCUCCCAAGCCUGAGGGCCCUCCUCGAGAGCAACAGCCCCUCGAUGCCGCCAAAGGUCAUCUUCGCGGCCCGCGGCGGAACAUCCGGCUUCCUCCCCCGCCGCUUCGGGGUCACCCUGGGCGGCGCCGUGGAGGAGAUCCAGCAGCUCGAGCUCGAGAGCCGCACCGCCGCGCAGCAGCCGGAACAGCUACCGUCGGGGCCCGUGUCCGCGUGCGCCAGGAGCCUGCGCUGCUGCCUGGAGUAG